UGGGCAUUUUUUCCUUCUUCUUCUCCUCUCAUACGUCUUUGCUGUGUGUGUGUGUGUGUGUGUGUGUGUGUGAGGGGGGGGGGGGGGGGAUGCGAGGGGAGGAAAUCCAGCCUCAGCUCCAAAUAACCAGAGACUCCUAAACUGGGACUCCUUUCCGAACGCAGGAAAUACGGCCUGGGGGAGAAAAAAAAAGUUUUUUUGUAAAGGAGAGAAGGGGCCCAGUCGCUGAUGUUUUUGCAUUUUACGGCGUGAUUUACGAACAGCAUACCACGUUGUUGUUGUUGUUUUUUUGUACUGUUACUCCAUAGAUUGGAGUUGCUGAGAAAGGACCCGCCGUCGGUGUUGUUAUUGCACGGGGGUUUGAUUAUCACUAUUUAUAGACCAGCCUGUUCCGACCGAGGCUGUUCCUUGUAGCUGUAAUUUUUACAAUUUUUUUUUUUGCCAACUGCGCGCAACAAGUUGCAGACACUCCCAGCAGAGAGGCAACGCGACUCUGCUUUGCGCCGGCAGAUGGUAUUUUCUGCGCUUCUCUUUUUUUGGAUUAGCGUCUUGUGAAUAACGCACAACCCCGAGUCUCCCCCCUCCUUCUUUGGAAGACGCAGGCAGAAUAACCGGUGGAGAUCCGGAGUGGGAGUUCAGGAAAGGACGCGGCUGGAUCCUUGGGAAUAGGCCCGCCUGUCAGGCCUCUUGUGAUCCGGAUCUCGGACUGGACGCGGCUCCCGAACGAGCGGCGUCCGGACUGCUUUCACUGCCCGCUGGAAUACGGAUGAAACGAGCAUUCGUGGGAGUAAGAAAUGCAAAUCCUCCGCACUCUGAGCUGUGACAAGGGGGUUUAGUGGAAGGUAAAGCCGCCUUAGUUACACAUCCCUUUUAAAUCAGCGCGAACCGUGUAAAGUCAAAACAGUAACAAAUAAAAGUAAAAUACUUGAUGCGAAACGACAACUAGUCUUUUACCGCAGGACCGUUUUAAUCACACACAUUUAAUGCUGCGUGCUGGAGAAUGCGUGCUGUGCACAUUAUUUCGUUUCAGUCAUAAUAGUUGAUUUAAGCAUUAAUAACAGUAUAACUUUUGAAGAAAAGCCGCACGCCGCAAACUAUUGACAGCCUCCAUCUGUAUUCGCUCAUUCAUUGGAAUCCCCUCGACCUGAACGCUGCCCCCCCUCAUGCAACAAAGUUAUGUUGGAUUGACAAAAAGAAAAGCAGGGUUUUUUUUUCCCCUGACGCGGUCUGACUUUGAAAUGUCAGCUCUAUCAACAUAUUGCGCACAUACAGCGGAGGUCAUUUCCAGUCAUUUAACGCCAGAACCGACUGGAUAAAGUCAUAAAGACACACAGAAAUAACUCCGUUGUAUCUCCAACCAGUCCUUUCCGGGAAGGAUGGUCAGUUCAGGAGGCAGAAGGAGUUGUGGCAGUACUUUAACCGCAGCUGGAUAGAAAGCUGGGGCUCAAACCCGGAGCCUCUUUGGGGAUGAAUACAUGUAACAUGAGUACUGACGCAUACCCGGGGUCGGAGAAUGAACUGCUCAAGGACCUGGAACGGCGCGUCUCGUACGAGUGAGAGAGCAGACUCCUGUGUGCGUAGCAAAGACGUCUGUGCCGUGCUCCCCAUUCAAGCACUGUGAUUAUUCCAAAUCCCUUUGCGCACUCUCUCUCUCUCUCUUACUUCCCGUGCGCUAUGUGCACACUCUGUGCCCACGUCUAAUUGCCAGAGGGCCAUCAGAAGAUAAUACACCCCCACCCCCACCUCCCCCUCGACAUGGCCACUCUGCAACACCAGCGGCAGCUUGUCAUGCACUGCACGGAGGCGAGCUGCGACUCCAGCGGUGAUGGCGCAGUGACCGUGCAGAUUAGCAACAGCGCGCCACACGUGCAUCCACACGAGCCACUGAGGACUGCCGGCAAGGCUGUGAGCAAGAUUAAACCAAACCUCCACAAAUACAGCAUCUCUUCCAGUUGUAGCUCGGCAGACUCGAGGCCGGUCGGGGUCCCUGCCCCGAGGGCGCACAGGAAGGCCCUGCCGCUGUUCGAACGCUCCGCCGCUCAGUGCUGGGACCCCAAGUUCGACUCGCCCAUCCUGGAAGACGCGUGCCAAGAGAGGUGCUUUCCUCAGACACAGCGGCACUUCCGCUAUGUCCUCUUCUACCUGGCAGUGGCGGCUGUACUCUGGGGGGUUUAUUUCGGUGUCAAUAGUGACCGAUGCGACCCUGUGGCCUUUGUAGCACCCACAGCCUCCUUCUUCGUCCUCCUGGUGCUCCUCUUUUUGUUCACCUUAACGCAGGCCUACAGGAGGCUGUACAACCAAACCGCCUUGCUCCUGAUCGCAGUCACCUUCGCCAUCACCUUAGCUCCACAGACGCAAACCGCUGGCUACAACGAGCUGAAGUGGGCUGGCGGUGGGAACGCUUCAUAUGUGCCACUGCCUCCAACUCCUUGCAUCUCCCCCGUGGGAACCUUUUCCCUGUGCAUGGAGGUUUUGUUGUUGUUAUACAGCGUCCUCCAUGUUCGUCUGUAUGCCUCCGUGAUGCUGGGGCUCCUGUAUUCUAUAUUAUUUGAGGCAUUGGAAUGGCUGCCGUUGCUUCAAAAGAGUUACGACACUACUUUAUGGGGGACGGGGUCGCCGGGGUCAAGUCCCGAUUGGGAAGGCGACACCCUCCGUUGGCUCGGCCCGGCCAAAGCUCUGCUCCACUUGUGCGCCCACGUCAUUGGUAUCCACCUGUUCAUCAUGUCGGAGGUGCGUUCCCGUAGCACCUUCCUUAAAGUUGGCCAGGCUAUUAUGCACGGCAAAGACUUGGAGGUGGAGAAGGCCUUGAAAGAGCGCAUGAUCCACUCCGUCAUGCCGCGGCGGGUGGCGGAUGAGCUGAUGAAACAAGGCGACGAUGAGGGCGGCGGGGAGAACUCUGGCAAGCGGUAUUCCUCCGGUGCUUGCUCUGCCUCGGCCGUCUCAGUGGGGGGCGGAGGUAGCGGCGGAGCCUCGCAAGCCCAAAGUGCCACAAGUGGCAAGAGCUACCCUCACAACAAUCACAAACGCAAGAAGACCUCCAUCCCCAGUGGACAGAUCAUCUUUCGGCCUUUCAAUAUGAAACGCAUGGAGCCCGUCAGCAUCCUCUUUGCGGAUAUCGUGGGUUUCACCAGAAUGUCGGCCAAUAAGUCCGCUCCCGCCCUGGUGGGCCUUCUCAACGAUCUGUUUGGACGCUUCGACCGUCUAUGUGAGCUAACCGGUUGUGAGAAGAUCAGCACUCUGGGAGACUGCUACUACUGCGUGGCCGGCUGCCCCGAGCCCAAGCCGGACCACGCCUACUGCUGUGUGGAGAUGGGCUUGGGCAUGAUCCAGGCCAUCGAGCAGUUCUGCCAGGAGACACGCGAGACCGUCAGCAUGCGCGUCGGCGUCCAUACGGGCACCGUCCUAUGUGGCAUCCUGGGAAUAAAGCGCUUCAAGUUUGACGUGUGGUCAAAUGAUGUCAAUCUGGCUAACUUGAUGGAGCAGCUCGGCGUGGCGGGGAAGGUCCACUUGUCAGAAGCUACGGCCCGGUUCCUGGACGACCGUUACCAGAGGGAGGACGGGCAGGUGGCGGAGAGAGCCGGACAAAGUGUGGUGGAGAAACUGAAGGGCCUAAAAACUUACCUGAUCUCGGGAAGGAGGUUGGAGCUGGUUGAUGCGCAGUGCAGCUGUUCUCAGGUGGGGCUGUCGGGCAGAGAUCUGGGGGGGGUCAGCUUGUCCUCCUGUCCUCAGGCCCGGGCCCCGGACCUCAUCCCGGAGGGAGCGGAGGCUGCAGAGCCCCUGCUGCCCCACCAACCUCCGGACAGGAUCGCUCCUCCCUUUGUGUCCCGCAGUGGCAUCUUGUCUUCCGGGGCGGAGCUGGGUGAAGAUGUUACUGUGCUGAACGGCUGCCAGGAAGAGCACAAGAGCAGCAGUGCCAAGUUCAUGCCAGGUCACAGCCCCCGAGCGGCCAACGGCCUCCUGAGUCCUCUUCUGGAGGAGCCGGCGCGAGCCAGCCAGAGCUCCCUGUGCAACAUGCUUCAGGAGAAAGAGAAGAAGACCAGCACCAGCACGGGAACUGGCACCAGUCUGGUCUUGGCUGGUGGCUCCGGGACGGCCGGCCCGGGAAUGGAUCACUCCGCUCUGAUCCAGCUGCGCGCCAAGAACUCCCGAGAAAAGAGCGACGUCCACUUUGUGGAUGUUAUCAGGGAGGACAGUCUGAUGAAAGACUACUUCUUCAAGCCACCCAUCAACAAGAUCAGCCUCAACUUCCUUGAGAGACCACUGGAGAAAGCGUAUCGCAGCAGCUACAAAGAGGAGGUGAAGAACCUGGUGCAAGUGCAGACAUUUGCGAGCACCACCUUCAGCUCCUUCCUGGACGUCCUUCUCAGCUGUUUUGUCUUCCUGUCUCUGACGCUGGCCUGUUUCCUUCCGCCUCUGGUGAGCCCGGCCUCUGUGGGCCCUCCGGCUCCCGCCGCCUUGGCCCUGGCUCCCCUGGCCGGCCUGUUGGAGCUGGCCUCCCUGGUGCUCUCCAUACGCAUGGCCUUCUACCUGGAGAAAGUGAUGAACUGUACCCGCUCCCUGCUCCUGGUGGUCUCUGGAUGGGUCCCCCGGCACGUGAUUGGGGCCGUGUUGGUCUCCCUUCCUGCCAUCUCUGUCUUGUCCCACCUCACCAGCAGCAUCCACCUGCCCCUCCAGGUGACCAUGUUCCUGUGCUGCGCCACCAUCCUGGCCAUCAUCCAGUAUUGUAACUUCUGUCAGCUGAGCUUUUGGAUGCGCUCAGUCCUGGCCACUUCUACAGGGGUCGCCCUGCUGCUGUUGCUGUACAUCCCCAUGCACAGCUCUGGUAAUCACAGCUUGCCAGUUCAAAGACUGAACAGCUCCACGUCCACUGAUGGUGACUCAGCAUUGCUCACACCUGAACCUUCCCUGCAACCUCUUGACCUUCUGGUCCCGGAGGCUGUCCUGGCCUUCUUCCUGCUUCUUCUCCUGGUCUGGUUCCUCAACCGUGAGUUUGAGGUCAGCUACCAUCUCCAUUACCACGGCAACGUGGAGGCUGACAAACACCGCUUCAAGAUCCAGACCAUGCGAGACCAGGCGGAGUGGUUACUAGGCAACAUCAUCCCCAUCCAUGUCGCUGACCAGCUCAAGGUGACCCAGAGCUACUCCAAGAAUCACGACAGUGUGGGCGUGAUCUUCGCCAGUAUCGUAAACUUCAGCGAGUUCUACGAGGAGAGCUACGAGGGUGGAAAAGAGUGCUACCGAGUUCUUAAUGAGUUAAUUGGAGACUUCGACGAGCUCCUUCGCCGACCCGAGUUCAAAAGCGUGGAAAAGAUCAAGACAAUCGGGGCCACCUACAUGGCCGCGUCCGGCCUGAACGUCCGCCAGCUGGCUGAGGACGAAGACGACUCUCCGCACGCUCACCUGAGGGCGCUUUUUAACUUUGCCCUGGAGAUGAUGGGCGUCCUGGACGACUUCAACAAGAACAUGCUGGGAUUUGGCUUCAAGCUGCGGAUAGGGUUUAACCACGGGCCGCUGACAGCGGGCGUGAUCGGCACCACCAAGCUGCUCUACGACAUCUGGGGUGACACGGUCAACAUCGCCAGCCGCAUGGACUCCACCGGGGUGGAGUGCCGGGUGCAGGUGAGCGAGGAGAGCCACGCCGUGCUCAGGGCCAUGGGCCUGGAGUUUGACUAUAGAGGUACAGUUAAUGUUAAGGGCAAAGGUCAAAUGAGGACCUUUCUGUUCCCCAAGAGUGGGGAAAGUAUACAUCAGGAUCGAGCGGAGAAGGGCGAGAGCCUCGGCAUCUCCUCCGUGGCGCCGACCGUGAAUACUCCUCCUCCCUCUCCUCCCACUCCUUCCUCCUCCUAUGUCUCCACUCUCACUCCUCAACCGCAGAGUGCUGCAAGGCCUUCAAGAGCCGGGCCGGAGCCUGUGCAGGCAAAGUCAACAGAGGCGAGGGAAGAGGGGUAUAGGGACCCUCCGCACCUCCCUGGGCAGCCGCCUGCCACCGACCUUCCCCACUCUGAACUGGGCCUCCAGCCUUGUGCUGCACUAGAGCCCUUCCGGGUGCAGUCCGCUCCUCUCGCACAAGAGGAGGAGGAAGAGGCGGAGGCCAGCGAGCUAUCGAAACUCAACGAGGAGUUUUACGCUCGUCUCUGAUCCCUCGUCUCCUCUUCCUGUGACUUCUGUCCCCUUGCCGCCCCGCCUGCUGCCCGACUGACCGACCGACCGCAGCGUGUCCUUUUCUUUAGGCAUCGUUGGAGCGUCUUUAGAGGCAGUAUGUCACUCUGACACAAGCAGGAGCUAUGAACAAAAGGCUAUGGAUGUGUUACAUGGUGAUGUUGAGGUGGCGGGGGGGGGUUGGACCUGUGUUGAUCGCAGCAGUUUAGGUUAGAAGACAAAGAAAAGGGCUCAGAAAGAAGGAAGACCGUCGGUGAUGUUUUAGGUGUUUUUUAUUUUUCAUUUUUGUUAUUAAGUGCCUUCAUGACGAGAACAUUGAAUGAACAAAUAUAAAUUACUGAACAAAGUUUAACAAUGUUGGACACCAGGACAUGUUGUGGACUCCUGCCCCAUGCUUUUAUUUUGUAAUGCAAGUAUUUCUUAAAAGAAUAAUUAUUGUUGUGCCAUAUUAUUAGUUUUAACGUGAUCAAAGUCUAAAGGGAAGAAUAUUUUAGGUUUUUUUAUAAGCGUAAGUGGAGCAUGAUGGGCUGAGCAGGGAAUUAUGGGAUGGAUGAGGGAAUCACAUUGAGCAGUGUUAAUGUAUGUAUUCUGCUUUGACUUGAGGGCUUUGCACAGUAUUCAUUUGUGAUGGAGUCUCAGUAAAAUGAGACACGCUACACAGCAGACUGCAUAUAUUUUAGUUUGUGUAGCAGCUAAAUGCACAUUUUAAGCACAGGUCUUGCACAGUGUUUUCCCGACCACUUGUAUUUGGAAGUUAUCGACGUGAAAGGCUGUUAAAACGGCUGCUCAUGUCUUCAAUGGGAACGUUGAAGUGGCUUUGAGAACAUUCAAACACAGUUCUUGUCAGUCGAAACGAGUACAACUAAAAGCACAACUUUAAAACCGAUAAGGGAAUAUAGAUUUGGAAGAAAGGUUUUUUUUUUAUUAAAUUGAGAUCAUCACAAAAGCAGGAAGGCACUUUAAAUAUUCUUAAAAGGAUACUCCCCCGAGAUGUGUCUUUUGAGUAUGAAACACAAUUACAACAGUGGGCACUGUUGUAAUUUUUAUUACUUUGUCUUUUUCAUCAUAACAGACAGCAAAGUAAUGACUUUGAAGAAAACAAGAGAAAGUGCAUAUUUACUGCAGCCGGAUCAUGAAUGUGGGAGUGACUCAAAAUGAGAAUGCGCAGCCCAUUUUUGUUGCAGUGAACGAAGAUGGCACCCAGUGCAACAAUGUGGCUAAUAGAAAAUGUUUUAUUACUUUUUGCUCAACAACGGAGCUCCGAGGCACAGAGCAAUUAGAUCAAACUGGCUACACAGGCGAUAAUUUGAUCGAGACUCUGGGUGAGUCGUGUCACGUGUAGUGGGCCUGUGAUGGACCAUCGCUGUGUAGUUGUUGAUAGAGAGGAAAGGGUGGUCUUAAUUGUUGUGGGUUAAAAGUGUCAAAAUUCAGAUCAAUCGCAGUUUCUUCAGUGGUAUUUAAAACCUCGCGCUCCAAUUUUGUUCCAAUCGUUGCCUUUAUCACCAAAAGACAGCCAUGGGUUCACUGCAUAGAUGUAUUCAAUAGUUGGGUAUUGUCUGCCUUUAGCUGUGUGAUUUGCUGUGGAAGGGGUGAGACUUUAUACGUAGGGGGCCCUCUACUGUAUCAAUGUACUUCAAUCGUGCCACUUUAAUUGAGUGAUCUAUAGGUGCAGUGCAACCUGAACUAGCUGAUUUGUUUUGAGGUGCCUAAAAAGUAUGACUGUAUUUUUUGAGUAUCCUUGUUUUCAGAACGUUUUUUUAUCAUGCUGUUUUCAUAAUGAGGAUAGAUUAUAAUUAUAUAUUUUAGGAAAUGAUGCUGGUUGUUUAGGAUAUUGCUGCAAUUUUAUUUCUUGGGACAAAUUCUUUUUUUUUUCUUUCACUUUUCUUUCAGUUCUUUCAGUCUGCCAAUAUCCCGCUGGAGUGAGGUGGUGGCGGCACUAAUAUUAAUAGCUGGCACGUCUGUUGUUCUUUCUCCUUUACUCACUUCAUGCUUCUGUCUUUACUCCUUAGAUCACUUGUUUCCCCCCCUGUACUGUGGUGUGUGUGUGUGUGUGUGUGUGUGUGUGUGUGUGUGUGAGAAAGAUAUUUCAUCUCUACUUCGAGUCAAUAACAGAGAAAAGAUGACAGAAAAAACAAUCAACUACACUGCCACUCUUAAACUCUUAUCUUGCUAAUGAUACUUUAUCCUUAGAAGAAUGUAACGCACUUAGUUGCAUUCGUUGAAAUCGAGAAAAAAGUCUUCAAAGUUGGUAAUCUGAUCUUGCAAACCCACGUGACAGGUCAACCAUAUUAAAUGAUGUAGCUGUCUCCAUCCGUAGCAUAAAAAGCAGUUUUCCGUUACCAUGGUGCCCUCCAAACAUACACAACCAGUGCCUUUUGAAUUAGGAAUGUGUUAGAACUGUGAUUUAUUUUCUAUCAAAUAAUCUUUGGAUCAUAAUCAAAUCCAAAGAUGUUUCUCCGGAAGUUGUCACUCUAAAUCAAGAUCCAAAAGUAUCUACAGGAGAUUUGUUUGCACAAAUCCUUUGUCGUCACUAUUUAAAAUAUUUCCCAGAUCACCCUUCGACCCCCACAUUAGUGAAUUAAUCUGUGGUGAUUUUCAGGACCCGUCACUAGAUUCGAGAUGUGGGGCUCCACCCUGUUUGAUGGGGCACCACCUCUCCAGUAGCGACCGUCUGUCGACACGUAAGAAUAAAAUAUUUAAGUGAACACGGCUCGCUCUGUUAUCUCUGUGUGUGUGUGUGUGUGUGUGUGUGUGUGUGUGUGUGUGUGUGUGUGUGUGUGUGUGUGUGUGUGUGUGUACUGGGGGGGAGGGAGGGUUUAACACACUACAGCUUCAUUCUGACUCUGCACCGUGCUGCAUCAUUCUUUUGUUUUUUCAUUUCAAUAUAAUUAUUUCUACACUUAUGUUGAACAAUAAGUAUGUGCUGCAGGAGGUAUUCACUAAGCUUUGCUCAUUUAAGGUUACUUUGAUUGUAUCCUUCGCUCUCAGUGUAUUGGUGAUGUGUGUAUGCCAAAAAUUGUUUUGGUUAUGUCCGAGGGAAAGAAAGUAGGUUCAGAGCUCCAGUUCACAGGUAACACAGCUCCAAAAAACAGGCUCUUUUCAUUGAGGGAAAGUUGUCAUUCAAUCAUCUUCUUCAAAAUAAAAAUGUAAAUUUGCUUUGUGAAAGAAAAAUAGGGGGACGUUUUAUUGGCCCUUCUGAAUUAAUCACAGUAAAACCGCAUCGCCUAAUCAUUUAAGUUGUGACAGCGCCACAUAUUUUCAUUAUAAAGUCAACCUGUAUGUGUAUUGAAUUACACUGGGAUAGAAAUUAGACAAUUGGUUGAUUUAAAAUCUUUGUGUAUUUGUGUUAUGUUCAUGAAUGAGAUGUAUCAUGUAUGUUUUUGUGCACAUUACCCAUGUAUCAUUUAUCAACACACGACCGUAAUCUGUACACAUUUGCACAAAGCACUCAGUGUUUGUACAUUAUUUUAUGUCACGUAUGAUUUUUUUUUUUUUAUACAUGUGCAUGUGUCAGAUUUUGCCGGAAAACAAUGAAAAAGCAACACAUAUCAUCA